AUGGUGCACACAGAGGUCGAAAAAAUAGGAAGCGAUCCUGUCUGGCUUGUGCAAGGUCUAACUUGUGUAUAUGCAAGCGAAAAGCUCCAACCUCGUAACGAUGACUUGGACUUGGAGAAUCACACUUGCCCAGAAGGCGGCGAAACCGGUGAAAUUGUUGUAUCAGGUGUCGCAGGGUCAUUUCCUCUUGCAACCACGGCGACGUUGUUCAACCCGUCGUUUCCUGACCAACAGCUUUUGAGCCACGAGCUUGUCCCAUCGCAGAUGGACGUGAGCUACACAGAGGCCUUGCUUGAUGAUUCUGGAACCGUGGAGCAGCAGCCCGAGCCAGCUUGGUGGUCGCAAACGGCCCUCGAUCAAUUCAUCGGAGUGGCAGACUUCUAUCCAACAUAUACCAGUCCUUCAUCCUGGGAGUGGCAAUCUCCAACUACCACUCUCAACAUGAUUCCAGGUCCUAUCUCGCCCGUGGCAUCUGCAGCCGCCGUCGCCGCGCCUUUGUGUUAUCCAUUUGGUGCAGUCCCAUCUGGAAGUGUUCUGCCAAAGACGGAGCCGCAGCUAUAUUACUCUAAUUCCACCGGCAGUGAGGUUCCUGCUCCUGUAUCCAACCCUCUCAGUAAUGGAGAGCCACCUGAUCGCAUGGCAGUAACUCUGGACAAGCCCUCAUCACCGACGCCCGGACACCGGCAGCCUGAACGGCCUACUAAGACGCUUCCUGCACUGGCUGGCGGACCACAAGAACCGUUUCCUAUUCUUUUUUCUAUUCCUCCAGCUACAUCUGCAACACGCAAAAACUUGGAGAAUUACCUGCGGCUACCUCUAACGCAAAGUCUUUGGACACCCAUGUCGAUAGUGGAAUUUCCAUCCGCCCCUCAGCUUGACUACUUCAUCGAUUUAUACUUUGCUAACUUCGACACGCUCCUGCCGAUGAUUCAUCGGCCUACGUUCGAUCUUGGUGCUUAUCCUGUUCUCACCUUAUCAAUGUGUGCCAUUGGCGUCCUUUACUCCGACUUUGAAAACGCUCGUGCAUUCAGCAAGGCACUCUGUGAGCUUUUGCGCCGUCUAUUUGUGUGCAUGAGUGAACAAAAUGCCAUGGUAACUCGAAGUUACGAGUUCCUUGCGGCGCAAACGCUACAAUCAGUGCUGAGCAACAGCAGCAGUGGUAAACGUCUGUUUGAGUUUGGCGACAAUAAUCGGAGUCUUGUCGUCGCCAGCGCCCGCGCCGCUGGCUUGUUUGCAAAUCGCCGACCUAAAGCCGCUUCGGAUAAAUCUAACGGAGCGUCCAGUGUACAGGAGCAGUGGUUGUCGUGGAUACAAGCCGAACGCUUGCGCCGUCUGGCAUGGUCAAUAUAUAUCUUUGAUGCUUCAGCCACGUAUUAUCGGAACUGCAGGCCGCAUCUCUCCUUGGUUGAGAUGAAAGUCGACUUGCCGGCUUCGACCAGUCAUUGGGAAGCAGAGUCUUCGCGAGCAUGGGCAUCAUUGCAGCCAUGGACGAAUGGCGCACCUCCACGAAAUGCGUCGUUUCGAGAGACGUUGGAACGCCUCGUAGCACGACAUUCAAGCAGUUCACUGGGACCUGAUGCGACCCAGUCGUUGUCUCCUGACUCGUCAAUCUCAUCUACGACGCAGCGAUUGGGUAGAAACGCUGAAGAAACCGAUGAGUUUCACCUCAUUCUCAUGACUACGACUUUGCUGCGCACAGUAUGGGACUAUCGCGACUGCGUUCUGUCGCUACAGGGCCCGGCUCCCAUGCCUGAACUGUUCACGCACUCAGUUCCUUCCAAAGACAUGGACACGGCGCUUUCCCUGCUAACCACUCUCGCAGCGACAGCCCCAUUGGAAGCUAUAGCGAGUGCGACCGGAGCUGGCUCGCAGUCCUUCAACGGUCUCAGUGGGUUGCAUGAGGAGCGACAAUUCCAUGGUCUUGUACAUAGGACCAGGAUCUCUCUUGUCGCUCAGAUUAUUGCUGCAGAUCAGAUCAGCAAUCAUUUGGAUGCCGAGUGGCGUAGAGGAGCAGCUGCAGGAGAUCAAAAUGUGCGGGAAGUUGCAGCGGAGCGGCUGCGUGCAUGGGGAGAGACAUAUCCCGUUGAAGUGCGUCGCAUGGCCCGAAUUGGCGCGCAACUUUUGUCAAUAUCCAGAUUGUAUCCAUAUCACAUGCCGCGCGAACCUUAUGACGCCUUUCGCGCCGGACUGCUCUUAUGGACCAUGGCGCCUCUCAUCCGAGCCGCCACUCCGGUGGCUUCCUCACAGGCCUCGCCUGCUAGAGCCCCUACCCAUCGGCGUGUGUGCCAGUUGGACUGGCUUGGAGACCAGAACAGCCCUGAGGGCGCUUGUCUACAAGAGUGGAUUGAUCACGGCGGAGAUCAUUUCGUGCUUCGAAUGCACGAAAUACCCGACAUCUGUACAAGGCAGGGCAGUCGUCAGAUUCUUCUGAGCACGUCAAAAGUGCUGCAAAAGCUUCACGUCUGGGGCGCCUCGGAGGUGUAUCGGGACAUUGUGCUGCGAGCCUUGCGUGAGGAUGAAAGGGCGCACAGGGAUGACAAUCCGGCUGCAUCCGCAUAA